AUGACCGGUACGUGUGCCCUUGUCGCAUUUCUGGAUCCUAAUUCUGGGCAGUUAGUACUUCUGCCUUACAUUCUAGACCCGUCUGUGAAACUCCAGAAAUCUCUGCUCCUCUCUCGACUGCUCGACAUCCACUUGAUUUCUUCGGCUACUUUGUACGGCGGCAAGAUGGCUACUAUACACAAUGGUGCCACGGUGAAACUCGUACCGAACAAUACCAAAAUUCACCAUGUUUGGAACAGAGGAUUGUAUGUCCAAGGCUACUCCCCAACCAUCCAUCCCACGACAUCGAACGAACUUUCCUCAAAAACUACGUUCGACGUCUUGUCCGGUUCAGCCGCUAAACAGCACAACAACAUGGAUAUGAUGAAACUCGUCCACGGAAUCCUUAACGCCAUCUCCUGGGGCAUAUUACUCCCUAUGGGAGCCGUCACUGCACGAUACUUACGCCACAAAUAG